GUCUGGGGAGGUGGGUUUGGUUGUGUUGCUUUGUCCUCGUACGAUUAGACUAGUUGUUCGAGCACAUCAUCGCUGCUUGGCGUGGCCGUCAAGUGCAAGCAGUGUGCGACUGCUUCGUCCUGUUCCACCUCGCGCUCGCGGCUCCGGGCCAUAAACAUACACCAGACCACACGAGGAGCUCGAUAGCCAUGUAAUGUAAAGUGAAGCAAAGCAAGCGAAACAAGCCGCCGCCGCCUCUGCUUUCCUCUCGAUCACCUCCGGCGCCCGCCACCACCGCGCCGCCGCCGUCGUGAUACUUUUGCCCCUCCUUUUUUUUUUCUUGUGGUCUGGUGUUGCGCUUUUUGGGGCGGGCGGAUGGGGAGGAGCGGCACGUCGACGGUGAGGCUGCUGCUGCUGGGGAGCUCCUUCCUCUGCGUGCUUCUCGUCAGUACCUCAGAACCUGCCUCGGAGUCGGAUGACGUAUCUGCGCUUCUUGCGUUCAAGAGAGCCAUCUACGAGGACCCUCUGUCCAAGCUCUCGGACUGGAACUCCAAGGACGAGGAUCCCUGCGCCUGGUCCGGUGUAGGGUGCUCAGGGCUCAACAACCGCGUGGUUGCGCUCGACCUGUCAAAUUCAUCUCUCCAAGGAUUCUUGGCACCAGAGAUCGGGUCCUUGAGAUCUUUGCAGACUCUCGUGUUGGAUCGCAACACAUUCAUGGGCUCAAUACCAAAAGGCAUCGGCAUGCUACAGAACCUGAUCGAGCUGAACCUCAGCUCCAACCAGCUCGCGGGGCCUAUUCCCAGUGAGAUCGGUGACAUGGCGAAGAUCACAAAAAUAGACCUUCACGCGAAUCGGCUGGACGGCACUAUCCCUCCUGAGCUUGGCAAGCUGGGAAGCCUCCUUGAGCUACGGCUGAGCAACAACUGCCUUACAGGCAUUGUUCCUGCAAGUAAUGAUUCCGACGUGGAAUCCGCCAGCACCUCUGAUCAAACUGGAUUGUGUCAGCUAUCUCAGCUAACCAAUAUUGAUCUCUCGUAUAACUUCUUGGUUGGAGAUGUUCCCGCAUGCUUACAGCAAAUCCAAAGAUCAAGCUUGGUAGGGAAUUGCUUCCAGAACAACACAUCAAACCGCCCACUUCAACAAUGUGAAACUAAUCAGGACAGAGGCAAAGACAAUGAUGCUGAUGAGAAUGUGCAGAAAGGCCUGCCAGAGCCACUUUGGCUUCUCAUUCUGGAAGUCAUCGCAGCAGUUUCAUUGCUUUGCUUCUUAACACUUUGUACCAUGACUGGCCUCCGAAGGUGCAGAGCCAGAUCCUCUGGGUCUGAGACCAGUGUUCCAUGGACAAGAGCUGUAAGCUGGAAGGAGAACACCGUAAUCUCAAUCGAUGAUGACCUCCUGGUAAAUGUGCCAAAGAUAAGCCGGCAGGAGCUGGCAGAGGCUUGCGAGGACUUCAGCAACAUAAUUGGAUCGUCUCAGGAGACAGUUGUGUACAAGGGAACUCUGAAGGAUGGCCGGGAAAUCGCUGUUGUGUCGCUGUCUGUUCCGGUGCAUUACUGGAAUGACUAUGUCGAACUUCACUUUCACAAGGAGGUGAUAGAAAUGUCCAGACCGAGUCACGAAAAUGUCGCAAAGAUGGUGGGAUACUGCAAGGAGUCUGAUCCAUUUUCGAGAAUGCUAGUCUUUCAGUACCCACCAAAUGGGACACUCUACGAGCAUCUGCACGAUGGAGAUGGGUGGCAGCUAUCUUGGCCUAGACGGAUGAAAUUAGCACUCGCCAUCUCGAGGGCUCUCAGAUACUUGCACACUGAGCUGCAACCUCCGUUUGCAGUUGCUGCACUGACGUCUAGUUCAGUCUACCUAACUGAAGACUUCUCCCCAAAGAUAAUCGAUUUCGAGAGGUGGAGAUAUCUUGCGACCAAACCAGGAUUUGGCUCACUAAAUGGCGGGUCAGUCAACAGCGUUACAGAUUCUCGGCAUAAGCGCUUCAUGGACGUCCAGGCCAACACUUACGCGUUUGGCGUGAUCCUGCUGGAGCUGGUCAGUGGCAGAGCCUCGGUUUCCAAAGAUACAGGAGGCUUGGUGGAUUGGGCAAGAAAGCACCUGGAGCAUCCCGAGGAGUUCGGCAAGCUGGUGGACCCGAGGCUGCAGAGCGUGAACCAGGAGAGCCUGGGCAUCGUCUGCAACGUGGUGAACCUGUGCAUCGACCUGGAGCCGUCGCGGCGGCCCUCCAUGAGCAUGAUCGCGGCCAUCCUGGAGGAAGGCAUCGAAGCGUCGGCGGCCACCUUGCUCAGGAAUUCGUCUCUGGCCUGGGCCGAAGCCGAGCUGGCCAUCUCCUAGAACCUAGAUACCCUCUUUGCAUGUUUUGCUGCACUUGCUAGACUGUAUGUUUGGACAGUGACGAUGGUUUAACCCGUUGUUACUCCGUUUGGCAUUGUUAUUUCUCUCCCUUUUUUGGAGAGAGAAAUGGCUCACAGAUCUGAAUUCAAAAUGACUCAAGUUUUGAUUUCAUCA